AUAAAAUGAAACUACAAAUUUUUACUAUAUGAAAUAUAUUUUUUUCUGUAUAUAACAAUAAUAGUAAACAUUUCAGAUAAUUCUCAAGCACAAUCAAAAAAUGGUAAAUUCAUAUAAAAUUAUUUUAUUCUCUCCAAGAAAUGUGUACAUCAUCUGUUCUAUAUCGUUGUACACAACUUGUUUCUGUCCAUGAAGUAUGCCCUUGAGUUUUGUACUGAAGUAAUCCAGCUACAGCAAUCAUUACACCAUUAUCUAUGCAAAACCGUUCAUCUGUAGCAUAAAGCACCGCAUUUCUUUCCUCGCACAUAACUUUCAUCAUAUCUUGCAACCUUUCGUUACAUCCUACACCACCAACUAUCAAUACUUCUGAUGAUUUUACAUGAGCCAUUGCUCUCUCUGUAAUUUCAAUAAGCAUGGCAAAUACUGUUUCUUGUAAAGAGAAACACAAGUCUUCUGGAGUAAAUUCCUUCGAAUCAAGCCAACCAGACAAAUGUUCUUCUAUGUAACUUAAAAUUCCCGAAAAAGACACAUCCAUUCCUUUCACUACAUAAGGCAAUGGAGCUAACUUUGUCCCUCUAUGCAUGCAAUUUGUUCAAUGUUGUAACCGGGGCUAGGAUCAUUUGAAAAUUUCAGUAAUCUUGCAAAACGAUCUAAACAAUUUCCAACAGCGAUGUCUAUUGUUUCGCCAAAAAUGCGAUAUCUUUGCCGAGAAUAUGCGAUAACUUGUGUAUUUCCUCCAGAAACGUAUAGAACAGUUGGAUUUACACUUCCUGUGAUCAAUCGUCCCAUUUCUAUAUGACCGAUACAAUGAUUCACUGCAACUAUUGGUUUAUUAUAUAUUUGAGCAACUGUUCUUGCUACCAAUGCAGCGACUGUUAACGGCGCACCCAUUCCUGGCCCUUUUGUAUAACAUAUGACAUCCACAUCUUUUAAUGUUAUUUUAGCUUCAUCCAACGCCUUUUGCAGAACAUUGAGAAUACAUUCUCUAUGAUGUUGCGCAGUUUCGCGGGGCAGGAAUCCUUUUUAAAAUAGACUUUAAAAGGUUUAACAUAUAAUAACAUAUAAUAAUAAUGUUAUUAUAUAUAUAAUUUAUAAUAUAUAUUUAGUUUAAUAUAUACUAAUAUAUAAUAGUUUAAAUAACAACAAACCAGAAGUAUCAAUUAUUCUUGUGCGUUAUAACUUGCGUAUAUCGGUAAAAGUAAUAACAUGAAAGGUUAGGUUCACCUUCGCCGGGUGGGGUGACAUACGUAUGCCGGACGUUUGAGAGAACAUCCUGAUCUCGAAUAAUUCCAACGCCUAGCUUAUUUGCGCUGCCCUCGAAUCCAAUGGCAAUUGUCAUUUUUGCGUUUUGACUUUAAAAGAAAACUUUAACUCCAAAUAAAAUUCGUGUGGUGCAAGACCAUUGGCACAUGGGUUCAAUUAAUUAUCCAAUAGAAAGACACAUGCGCAGUAGAAUUGCACUGUAACUUUCCCCAACUUUUACUUAUACGUUACGCUUACGUAUUCUAUAAAGAACGACAAAAAAAAAUAAAAGAAAAAGAAAUACUUCGAUAAACGCGAAAAAAAAUACGUAACUCGCGUGACGUGGAUGUCAAACCGGGAACAAGCGGCGAGACUAAAAAAUCGUUGCAAAUAACGAUAGGAAUUCGUUGCUAUGGCCGUGUAGUCCCCGUGGCGACAUCUGUCACUUGUCUCGUUUGGAAUGCAUCCUCUUGCAUUUGGUGCGGCUCUAGAAGGAGAAUCUCCUUAACGAUCUUCAUUCGUGAAACGUCACGCGGAAGUGAUUCACCGAUUCUCGUGCCAGAAAAUGCGAAUCUAGCGAUUCGCCGCGGUGAGGAAAAGUGAGUGUCGUCAAUCUGGAAUAGUUGUUGAGCCCCGGUGUGAAUGCCGUGAAAACCCCUCCUCGGGUAGCGCCUCGCCACGGGUGGGCGAUUGAUUUUCAAAGUGCGACCGUCCGGUGCGAAUGAAACGAAAGCCCCUUAACGCACUUCGGUACAGGGGGAAAAGAAAAAAAAAAAGAAAAAGUAGCCAGACAACGCUAACCAAAAAACUAGAGAUCUGUCUCGAUACUGUCUGAGUAAGAGUUUUUGUGUGAAACUACGUUGAAAAAAAAGAGAAAGAAUAUAUAUAUAUGUAUAUAUUACACACAUCAUACACACAUAUAUAUAUAUAUAUUUUAUACAGAUAUAUACAUAGUGCAAUGGGUGAAAAGAGCGAAGCCGACCUUCGCUUUUGACGAAAGAAAGGAGCGAAGGAGGCUAUAACGCGUGCAUACCGGUCAUCGGACACUCUCUUCCCUUUCCUUUCGCCACCUCAGGCGAACGCCCGAGGUUAUCUGCGUACGCACGGUUUCAGAAUUCUCCGUAACGACACCAGCGCAAAAGGUGCGUGUUACAAUCGGGUAAUAUCUAAAAUGGUGUCGCGAAAUCGCGCGCGACCGGGCCUUCACGUGACCUUCGUGUAUUCCGUUGCCCCCCCAGCCACGAAUUCCGCGCUGCCGCGUUCCGGUGUGGCUGCGGGUCGCACGCGACAAGAUGUCCUCCGACGCGAGAGGACCGAGACGGUGACACGUUCGGCACGCGGAUCACCGAACGAUGUCGAGAAAACGGCUGCGGAAACCACGCCGCCGCGGCCGGGCCGUUCAUUGUAUUUCCCUCCACCAGUGCACGACUCGCGGUGUUCACGAUCGACGAAGCAAUCUUACCGCGAAUCGGGGCUACGUGAGUGCCGCCGGUAAUGGCAUUGCCCGGGUAAUGCCCGGGAGAUAAACUUCCACGUACCUGUUCGCGCGUUCCGGUUCGGUAUGAGAAACGCGUAAAACACUGGACACGAUCGGCGCGCGCGACGCCUUUCGAGGGCGGUCUCUGAAUUUGUUGGUUCGGCUCAUUGAAUGUCCACGCGACCAACAUUUGUGGAUCGUGGAUCGAAGCGUACUACAAUUCUGGACGUGCAGUGAGUGGCGAUGGCCAGUCGAUCCAAGGGACGUAUGACACUGGUUCUAGCGGUUCUCAUGGCCAUUAAUUCAACGUAUUAUCAUCUUUAUGGGCGUUCUGUCGUGUAUUGAAAAUUAAUGUGUUCACUGCUCUCGCAGGAGUUCGGAUCACCACAACUUUUCGCGCCUCCUAUACUUUCAUUCUAUACAUCUCUAUCAGGAAUGUCACGGGACUAUGAUAGACGAAGAGGAGGUAGCGGUAGUGGUAGCAGCUCUAGCAAGUUACGGAUGGAUACCAAUGUAUCACAACCCAGGCCACAUGGUGAGAAUUCAGGAAAACGAAGAGAAUUAGACAGUGUAAUGCGGAAGGCACGCGAAUCUCAAUCAAGUUAUUGGAACAAAAAGCUCUUAGAAGUAGAAGAACGUGAUCCAAACAGAUGGCGACACAGUGGAUAUAAGGAACUAUAUGUUGGUGGCACAACAAGCGGGGAACCUAGUAGGGGGCAUCCUCGAAGUCCAAGAAGUCCCAGACCUCGAAGUCCUCAUAUUCCAAGACCACGUAGUCCUAGAACUAGAAGCCCGCGUUCACCUCGCGAUAGAUCACACACGAGAGGAAGACCUACGCGCAGUCCAAGCACAGGAAGUACUUGCUCUGAUCGAUCAUGCAGUGUCUGUUCACCAAAGGAGAGACGACGCAUUGCUCAGCCUUCUCGUUCACGUUCAAGAUCGCUCACACCAGUUCGAGCUCGAGCACACCCAAAAGAAGUAGUACCAUCAAGUUCGCGAGUAAUACCAACUCGUACUAGACCAAGGUCACCUCCUUUGCCACGUCCACGUACACCUCCACCCACGCCACAACCUCCACCACGUCAUCAAAAGGACUAUAAAACAAUUAAAGAAAAAGAAACCAAGGUCCGACGUAAAGAAAAACAUCAUGCCAGAAUUCCAGAAGAUCCACGAGUUCCAGAUCCUAUCCCAUUGAUGCGUAAACCUGUAAAAGUAGAAAAAACUCACUCAAGUCAUGGAUCAACACAAAUGAUCAGGCCACCUCCCGAGUCCUCACCUAGCGAAGAUAGUGACAGUUCUUCCGCAACAUCACAUGUAGGCCCACCUAGAAUGACAUUGUCAGAGCGAUUUGGUAAAAUGGCACAAUGGAGCGUAGAUCGUAGAGAUAUGGAAAAUAUGCGUAUUACAAAAGAUGGAGAAAACGCGAUGAAAGUAGUAAUAGAAGGUGAAGAAAGAAUUGCAAGACUUGGUUAUGAUUCCCCACCACCAGGACAUUAUCCGGAAUCACUUUUAGCACAAGGGCCAAGAGGUUUAGAAUGUUGGGAUGAUGUUCGUGUUAGAUAUGAUUAUUACAAAGCAAGAGGAUACCUUCGAGAUCUUACUUUAGAUGAUUAUAUAAAAUGGGAAGAAUGGUGGUAUAAGUAUCAAGAAUGGUUAGAAGCAGAACGUUUUUACGAACAAUGGGCCUCUUCAAACCGUCCUUCCGGGGGAACUCGGAAGAGGCGUGGGCGACGUAACAAUACAGCUCAUUAAAAUUCAUUUCAUAAACCCAUUACAAAUCAUUCUCGAUUCAUAGACAUUAUCAUUAAUAAAUACAAUAAAUACUGUAAUAUUUGUUGUGCUUAGAAAGGAGUGCAAGUGUGUAAAAGCUAUGCAGAUACACAUUCAUAUAGAAAUCAUGCGUGAUCGCAUGUAUAAAUACAUAUGUACGUACAUGUGCGUAUACGCAUGCGUACUAAGAGAUACGACUGUGUUGUAAGAACUUCAUUCUCAUCGAUUUAUCAAGUAAAAAAUUAAUCUACAAAAUUUUCGUUUUUCAUUUGAUUACUUUACAUAUAAUAUUUUAUAUUCAUUAAGAUAUUUAGAAAUAAGCAUGAACGUGUGUAACGAAUUAAUAAUAAUAUUAAGAAAGAUUUAUUUUUGUUUAUAUUUUGCUUAAUUUUGUUUUGUCACAUAUUUUUUUAUUUAUGAUAAACAGUGAUCUUAUGAAAUUAUUUUCUAUUUAAUAUUUUAAUUUUUUUAUGAACCUCAUCUUAGUAAACAACUUUUUAAUGACGUAAGAAGUUAUAAUAAAAAAAAAAUCAAACUGAUUUUUGUAUUAAAAAAUUUCAAUCAUAAGAUAAAUGUUUUUUCUAUCAUUUCAUUUUUUAAAAAAAACCUAAUUCUUUAAAUGUACAGGGUAUUCCAAGUUUUAUCAACUAAACUUUAAAUGGUAUUAAGAUAAAUUUAGGUAAAAA